AUGCCUCUGGAUACACCGCGCUUCAUUCCCACUCCAACUUCCUUGGAGCUCUAUGCCUCGUUCGUCCAUGGAGAAAAUCCAGAAAUACGUGUCAAAGAGUCGUUGACGCAGAUCAUCAAUGCCCACCCUCCUCUUCAAUUGUACACGCAAGACCAAUGCCGAGGCUUCUUCCGCGGACCGACGUCUUUGGCAUAUCUAUUGCUUAGAAUCCAUGCGUCUCACCCCGAAAUCAGAAUCCAUGGACAGUCGCUUCAGCAAUGGGCGGCUUCUUACAUCACUGCUAAGCGCGGGGGAGGAGACUCGGCCCCUUGUGGUCUCGCAUGCGAGAGCGCUGCUUUUUGGGCAGUGCAGACAAUUCUGGACGAAUCACAGGCGCCAAAGUUUCAAGAAGUGCUGGAACGACUUGCUGACGAAGACGAUCAUCCAUAUGAGCUCCUCUUUGGCUAUGCUGGUAUCUUGUAUAUGAUUCGUGCUGUAGAAUUUUCGAGACCGAAGGUAGCGAGUCAAGUCGCUACCGCUAAAGCCCGGAUCAUCGAGAAGACACUUGCUGCAGGUCCCUUGUGGACGUGGCGCGGAAAGCGCUACAUCGGUGCUGUCCACGGUGACAUUGGCAUCCUGACUCAACUCUUACUGACAGAUCCGAAAUUGGAGGAGAAUCCAAUGAUCAGGGGAUCACUAGAGCGCAUGCUUGAAGUACAGCGAGAUAAUGGUAACUGGGAAACCAAAGAUGAUCCCGGUAAUACAAUCUACGAGGGUCUUACUCAGUUUUGUCACGGAGCGCCCGGUUUUGUUCUCUCACUCGUGCAUAUUGAGAAGUUCUUCCCGGAUCUGAAGGCAAAAAUCGAUAAAGCCCUUCAACUUGGCAGGGAUUUCAUCUGGAAGGAAGGACUUUUGCUAAAAGAGCCAUGUCUAUGUCACGGAGCACUGGGGAAUUCGCUUGCUUUCCCGCCAGGGAAAGAACGGGACCACUUCCUGGCUUGGUCGCUGCCGUCUAAAGUUGCCGAGGAGCACGAGCGGGACAAGACAAUCUUUUCACCCGAGGACGGGGCGCGCCUGGCGACGUAUUUUGACUACUUGCCUAGCGCAGCUUGGACGUUCAUGGUUUGUGAGGAGGCAGUCCCGGAAUUUAUUCUCUACACCGAUGUGUAG